UGAACACCUCCUCCGCUAUUGUUAGCCACUGAACUGAAAAAAUAAGUAGAACUAACGUUCUCUUUCUUAGCCGUUGCCGCCUCUAUCCCCAGAAACAUGAAACCCCCUUCCACUCUCUUCCUCAAAAUCCAAAUCCCUUCUUCCAUUUCACUCUUCACACCUUCCAAAGGAACGUCCAAUGCUAAAUUGCUUCCGAAUUUGUGCUUCUGUAAGAGUAUUCAAACUAGUUCGUAUGAAGUUGCUAAAGGAAGUUAUGUUCCUACUCCUAAUAUGGAUUUGACAAAAGAAAAUGUUAUAGUGGAAAAGCCAUCUAGAACAAUUGAAUCUGUCGGAGCAUUUCAAAAGUUGCCUGUAGUAAUGCCAUCUAUUGACAUUCUGGGGUCAGCACUGAGAAAGGCUAGGAGGGUUUCUGCAACAAAAGGAAUUGUCAAUAUUGCAAAAAGAGAGAAAAACAAAGGUGCAAAACAACUUGACGCGUUGAUGAAAGAACUUGCUGUUCCAUUGAGGACAUAUGUGGAAAAAUUUCCUAAUAAAAAACACCUUCAUCCUUAUGAAAGGUCACUUAUUGAGCUGACACUUGGUGAUGGGUACUAUGAAAAGGUGUUAGGGAAUGUAGAUCGUUUGAGGAAGAGGGUAGUAUCUGUUGGAAAGGAACACGCUUCACUUUGUGCUAAGUCUUUGACAAAGCGUGAAGCAGAGGAAAGACUGAAUGAGGGUCUUAAAAUAAUUGAAGAGAAUUUUGGUCAAAAUCGAAAUGUUGUUGACGAUUUGUUAAACAUAGCAAAGACUCUAAGGGCAAUGCCUGUAAUUAAUUUGGAAACACCAACUCUCUGCCUAGUUGGAGCCCCUAAUGUAGGCAAAUCUUCUUUGGUCCAUGUACUCUCUACUGGCAAGCCCGAGAUUUGUAACUAUCCAUUCACAACAAGAGGAAUUCUUAUGGGUCAUAUUAUUUUUAACCAUCAGAAGUUUCAGGUAACAGAUACUCCAGGCCUGCUGAAGAGACUUGACGAUGACAGAAAUAAUUUGGAAAAAUUGACCCUUGCUGUCCUUCAGCAUCUACCAACAGCAGUUUUGUAUGUUCACGACCUUUCAGGGGAAUGUGGGACCUCACCUUCAGAUCAGUUUUCAAUAUACAAAGAAAUCAGAGAAAGGUUUUCUGGACAUUUAUGGCUCGAUGUUGUCUCCAAAGCAGAUCUGUUGCAGACCUCUCCUGUGAUAUAUGCAACAGAAGAUCGUGAUCUCACACAACAUGAGCUGGAGAAGUACCGUAAAUCAGGUCCUGAUGGAGCAAUUAAUGUGUCUACGACAACACAGGAAGGAGUACACGAGCUGAAGCACAGAGUGAAUGAGCUUCUCAAUAUGCAGAUGGACAAGAUCAAAGAUGAUAGCAACAACCAAGAGAAGUGAAAGCUGCCUCUAAUAUUUAUGAAGAAGUUUUCUAGUCAAAUUGGGAGGUUGAAAUCUUCAUUUGUAAAAUAAGUUAAACUAGCAAAAGUGGUUUCAGGUUCCAAUACUGCAAGCAAGGAAUUAGGGAUUGUUGAGGGCAUUGUAAAGGAAGUAAACUGAGGGUUACACUGAAUCUUGCAAAAAAGUGAGUGAGAUUUUAUUUGCAUAUUGGACAAUCUAAUACUAGUAUUGCAACUCAAUUUACUAUUUUAAUAAAUUAGUUAUUUUAAUUUUAGUUAA